GCCGGGUGCAGAGGGCCGUCAGGCCCUUGCUGUGGCGAUGGCGGCGGCCGCCACCUUAGCCGUGGCCAUGGCCGCCCGGCGAUGGCGGCGUCGGCCCGUCCGUGAGGUGCUGUUCUUCCCCUCUCCUCCCAGCUGCACCGAGGCUCUGCUGGCCGAGGCUGCGGGCACCGGAGCUCCGGCCCAGCCCUGCCCCUGCCCCCUGCCGAGCAGCGACUGCCCCCUCAGCCGCCUGCUGAGGCGGCUGCUGUCCGCCCGCCGCUCGCUCGACAUCUGCCUCUUCGCCUUCUCCUGCCCGCAGCUCGGGCUCGCCGUGCGGCUCCUGCACCGCCGAGGGGUCCGUGUCCGGGUGGUCACCGAUGCGCAGUACAUGGGGCUGCGGGGGUCGCAGAUCGGCCUCCUCCGGCAAGCAGGGAUCCAGGUGCGCCACGACCAGGGCCAAGGGUACAUGCACCACAAGUUUGCCAUCGUGGACCGGAGGAUGCUCAUCACCGGGUCCCUCAAUUGGACCACGCAGGCCAUCCAGAGCAACCGGGAGAACGUGCUGGUGGUGGAGGAUGCGGAGUAUGCAAAGCUGUAUCUGGAUGAGUUUGAAAGGAUUUGGGAGGAAUACAAUCCCACCAACUAUAAGUUUGUAUCCCAAGGACAGUGACUGUGCUGCUUCAUACGGCUGGUGGAGUGUUAGCACAUGAGAGCAUUCACAGCCUGUAGGGACAUCACUGUCAUAUCCACUUGGGAUAAGCUCCUGAGAAGCAAAGUUCUCUCUGCCUUGAAUGACCCACUUUGCUGUGGGAACAGCACAGCUUAGAUAGGGAAUUGUGUUGAGGAUAGUUGUGACAGGGCUGCCUUCUUAGGGCUUAAAGCAGGCAGGCUCAUUGCUGUGGCUUGGUGCAGGUGUGUUCACAGGGUGCUGGCAGGUGUUUCAAUGGUGAAAUGGGUGUUUUCUAACUGGAUAUUCCAGGAAGGAAUUGUGGCUCAACACAAAGGAAGAGUUAAGAGGGCAAAGAUAAAGUUUGCAUAGAGGAGUUAAGCACCUUAGUUAUGUUUCUUAGUUAUGUGUUGGCUUUAAUUGUUUUAAGUUUGUAAAGGAAAUCUAUAGAAAUGAGAAGGCAGAGAUUGUGUUUUGAGUGAGAACAGGGUUCCUUUGGUUUAAGAUGAGGGUUUAAGUUGAGCCGAACUCCAGUGUGAAAGCCUGAGGUCGCAGGUACUAAGGAGCCAGCAUCUUCCAGCAGGGAAGUGUUGGGAUAUCUGGGAAGAACAAAGAAACUCUUUGGGAUCAGUCGGUCUCAAGUGCAGACCUGGCUGCAGUUGACAGCGACAGGAUGGGGCACAAGUAACAGGGAGAGAGGUGAGAUAUGGCCCUCCAGGGUGGAACACAGAUGGAUGCACUUGAGACGAUUAAAACCUUACCUACCAUCUGUGUAAGAACUGCUUAAACCAGAGUAUAAAGUGCCUCAAAAUGUGUAAUUUUGAUUUAAGGUUUUGGCACCAGUUUUGCUUUGAUGCAGCAGUGCAGUGAUGGGCGCUACCAAAUGAACUGCUUUCACAGAGAACCUCAAUGUCAUCAUCUGGUUCUUGUGCUGCAGGCAAUCCCUGCGGGGUGGUUGUUCCAAAGAUCCAAAUCAAUAAGAGCUCCUGUGGAUCCUUAAGUGUUAUUUAGGAUACAUGGAAUAACAUCAUCAGAGAGAUAUGUUCUAUUGGACAAAGCUGGCAUGGGUCUGGGGGAAAAGGCACUGCUAUUAAAGAGCACCAAUGGAAGGAGCUGGGGAAUGUGGUUCUCUAUUAAAUCCCCUUCAACACCAUUAGAUUUACACUACUUCAGCCAUAUCACUGCUAUUGAAUGCUACGUGUUUCAGUAGUAGUAGUGACUGUGAAGGCAAACAGCUCUCAUUUUCAGGCUCUGGCCUCUGCUCUCCCUGUAGCAUCCUCCCCUUUGGAAGAACACACCUCAGUACCCGGCAUGCAAAGGGUGGUGCAAAAAUAGUUUAUUAGGAUACAGUUAAUGUAAAGUUAGGUAAUUCUAUUUACAAAAUAAAAAGGAUCAGCUACAUCCAUGGGCACCUAGCAUGUCACACAGGGCUGUAAGGAAUAAAUACGGUGAGAAGUGACCUGUUACACAUGGGGAAUGGUGGCUCUUAAGCUCUGGAAUAAACUGGAGUGGAAGGGAGAAGGGAAGGAGAGAGGAGCUCGCACAUAGUGAGGAACAGGAGCCUUCAACACCUGCUCCUCUUUCCAGAGGGAA